GCAUCCUCACUCGAACAAGACCGACGCACCGUAAAAGUGCGCUUUACAUGAGUUUACGGGAGUUGGGCUCUCCCAAUUCGAGGUAAAAAUGGCGGAUGCUGUGGAUGGGAGCAGCUUUACGACCAAGGACAAAAAGGAUAAUAUAUGGACCCAAAUUCUCAGUGAAGUAGCUGCUAAGGCGACACGAAAGUUACCUCAAAACAAACGGGUUUUAGUGUUAGGUGAUGAUGGUUCAGGGAAGACAUCCUUGGUAACAAAGUUAAGGAACCCAGGAGAAGAUGAGAUAAAGAAAGGAUCUGGAUUAGAAUUUGCUUAUGUUGAUGUGCAUGAUGAAGAACGAGAUGAGUAUGCAAGGCUCAACGUUUGGAUAUUGGAUGGUGAUGGUUACCACAAGGACUUAUUGAAAUAUGUUAUCACACCAGAAGGCAUAAGAAACAUUAUUAUUGUCAUUGUUGUUGAUAUUUCAAAACCCUGGACUAUAAUAGACAGCUUGGAGCAAUGGACACGCAUUCUAAGAGAACACCUUCAUACUCUAAAGUUGUCAGCUAAGGAAUUAAAUGAGAUCGAAGAAACAUUGGUAAAUCAAUUUAGAGAGUAUGUGGAGCCAGAGGAAGGUGAUGAAGAAGACAAAAGAGUACGCCCUCACUCCUCCACAACUACCACAACUAAAGAAGAAGAUGUAAUUCUUCCUCUGGGUGAAAAUGUAUUGUCAAACAAUCUUGGUCUACCAAUAAUUGUGGUUGGAACAAAGAGUGACAGUAUGGCAACUCUUGAAAAGGAGAAUAAUUAUAAUGACGAGCAUUUUGAUUUUAUUCAAAAACAUAUAAGAAACUUUUGCUUGCGAUAUGGAGCUGCUUUGUUCUAUACCUCAGUCAAAGAAGGAAGAAAUAUAUCCACCUUUUACAGAUAUCUAAUUCAUAGGAUUUAUGACUUCCCCUUUCGAAUACUACCACAGGUUGUAGAAAAAGAUGCUGUUUUCAUACCGAUGGGUUGGGACAACGAAAACAAAAUAUCCAUCCUAGAUGAGCAUAUUAAAUCGUUCAAUCCAUCAGAGUCUUUUGAAGCUCUAAUAUCGAAACCAAUAUUACGAAAGCCUGCUAACAUGGAUAAAGAAAUAGUUGCUGAGGAAGAGCAAGCAUUCUUGGCUGUUUUAGAGGGAAAUUUAAGCAAAGCGAUACAAUCUCCAUCUGGAAUUGCAAGGCCGCAACAGGAGCACAUGAGACCACGAAUGCAGACCUCACCGGGUCAAAGACUCACCGACAAAAGAACUGGAAUCCCUACAAAAGCAAAAUUGGAAGGAGCAAAGGGAGCUGCACCUGGUGGCCCAACGGAAGGUGUGCUGGCGAACUUCUUCAACAGUCUGCUAAACAAGAAAACAGUUGCUGGUGCGAGCAAGCCUGCUGCAGGAAGCCCUGGGGAGCGAGCUGCCGUGAGAAGUGAUGCUGCCGCUGAACUUGAAAGGUUAACGAAGAAAGCACAAAGCCAGAGUGUUAGACAGACACCUGGCAGUUCAACGUAAUCAAACAGAACCGUAUUUAUAGUAUAAAACUGUGUUUAGAGUCGAGAAAGAAACCUAGUGUCGCGUUUUCAAUCAGUCGGUUGUAAUGUCGGUAAUAUCAACUGUCGUUGUAAGUUCACAGUGUUGGCAGUUUUGUUUUUGUGCGUAGGAACCGCGUCAAGUGGUUUUUCAUAAGUAGUCUUCUAUAAUGCCAACUAUUAUUGCAUUUGACGGAAACACUUCAUUGUAUUAGCAGCUAUUGAUAAGAUAGUUUAUGGACGAUCUCCCUGCCCCUCCCGUUUCUUAGGACAGUUCUCCUUUCCCCUUUGGAAAGAGAGAAUUUAAAUGACAAACCUUUCAAUGUUUCCAUAACAAACUUCUUAGCAUUUACGAGUACAGCUCAUGAUUGCUUCUUGUCGGAGGUUACAGCAGAUAAGACUUUCUUCUGUCCACAGCCUUCUCAAAUUUAUUUGAUAUAUGUAAGUAUUCCUUCGUUGAAUAUUGAGGGAGAUUAAUUUGCACCCCCAACUAGGAAAUUGAUGUUUAGCCUUUCUGAAAUAAUAUGUUGCUAAACGAGGAAUAUAUUAAAUACUCGGAGUCAUACCCAUUUUUAGAACACUAAGCACUGUAAUCGCUUCUUAAUAUGUCUUUCUGAAAACCCCCCUUAUGUGAUGAAUACUGCAACUGCUACUCUUAAGAAAUAUGUGAAAACCACUUCGUAAAGCAAAGCACGUGGUUAGUUAUUUUUGUUAUAGCUAACUAGAUUAGAUAUUUUUUUACUGCAAUUUAAAUCGUGUUGUUCGUGCCGAUGUGGAUCAGCAUAAUUACCUAGUAUUUAAACAAUGUUUUCUCUUAAGCCAAUGAGACAUUUAUUCAGAUUAUUUAAAGGUUGAUCGAAACUUUAAGGUCAUGAAGUCACGUGUCGAUGUGAGCAUGAAGUUUCAAUGGAUGCCAAAUAUCAUCUGCAUUGUGAACUGGCCGACAUUUUCUGUCUGCAUUAUAACUGAUAUGGCAAAGGCGAUUUGAUUACUGCUAAAAUGUCAGAUAUUGUUAUGCUAUUUAUUAAAAAUCCACAAACUUACUUGUAUCAUCUUCAAACUUGAUUCUUUUUUAUUGCAGACCCUGAGCUAUCGACUUCGUGUAUCCUGUAUCUCUAGCUGAUGUAUCACUUUUGAUAUUAAACCUAGGGCAUAGAACGAUAAGCGCUGUCAAAUGUAGCAUCAAUGUCACGGGAAUUUUCACGAACUCACUUUUUUCUUUUCUUUAAGUUAUCAUUUUCCUCGAAAAUAGUUUGUAUCACGUGUAAGCCAGUUUUCAUUGUUUAUCAGUCGUCUAUUACAUCUAAUUAUAACUGAAAAUGAAGUGACGAGUAAUUUUAUUUGCAAGAACGUGGUCAUAGUAAAAAUGUUCUUGGAGACUGUAAUUGGUACAUCAUCUUGUCUCUUGAAACCUCUGAAGGUCGGUCAUCAGUGAAUGGAAAAGCUUGAAUUCAAAGUCAAGCAAAAUAA